CGCACUGAGCUUAGCAAUCAGUCUGCGUAGUGUUGCUCAGACCAAAUGCCAGGAGGCAGUGCUAAGAUACAAAGUUUUAACUUAUUUAACUGUUGGAAGAGUUGGGUAUCACCUACAUGGCUAAUGUAAUAUCCCUAGCUAGGGAUGGUGAAGUCCAGGUUUACUGGGAAGAUAGUAAGCCCUUGAGUAGCAUACUGUUGCUGGGCUUUGAUGCAAUCACAUCUGAUAAGAAAAUCAGAGCAAAGAUACAGGCCCUCCCCAUGUUUUGCUGGAGCAAGACUCAGCAGUGGUUUUCUGCCUGUAUUUCUGAGGACUUCUUGAUAAACUAAUGAUUAUUUUCACCGUGUUACCACAGUGGUCAGUGUUGCAUUGUGUCUGACAACAGUAUGCUGAUAGCUCAGCAAGUUUCAGGGAAAAAGAUUGAAUCUGAGACUAGCCUUUGGGAGGCGUGCAAAAGAUGUUUGUCUGCAUGGACAUGUUAUCUGCCAAGGCUGGAUGUCUCCAAGGAUGCAGCUUUAAAGCUGGCAGGAGUUUUGCAAGAGAUCAAGGUGCAAGGUAACAACCAGGCACUCCACAUAGGAAGGAUGUCUAUUCCAGUGAAAGUAGAGCAAAAUUCAAUGGUGCCAGCUGUAGCAUCCUUGCAGAGGCACAGCCCACGCUACUGCCUGCCAUCACUCCACCAUCACAGUCUUUGUUAGACAGCAACCCAGCUGGAAAUGUAAGAUAAUAUCCAAAAUAAUUAAAAGCUCCUCACACUAUAUUUCCUGUUCGCAUUCUGUCUCCAAGACAUCUUCCAUGGGAGCAAUUCAGCUCUAUGUAUACACUGGGACCAAUUCUGCCCUACUGAAAAUAUGUGGAAUUUCAUGGCUGACUUCUCCAGGAUCAGGAUCAGUCCACAGAGAAAAUACAGUGCGCUGUGUGUGUUCGGACCAUCAAACCCCAAAGCUGACCCUACACCCUAUGCACAGAACCUCAACCUGCCCAGCAGAGAUGUGUAGGUCGAGACUCAUCACGGAACUGUCUGCACUGCCUGGACCACAAGUUCAGUGUUUAGUGCCUGAAUGCAAACUUGGUUCCAUCCAUGAAGACUCUGGUGCAGCAGCCCCAGAAGUUUCUUCUCCCUCUCUCCUUAUGCAUACGUAUAUGGAAAUGUGUCUGAGGGCAGCUGAUCCAAAGGGGCUCCUUGGCAGCAGGGAAGGAGAGAUGCAUGGAUGAUUGUCCUGCACAUUACAAACAACAGGGUAGCCUCCCUGUAGCUGUGAUUCCCACCUGGGAGGAGCUGACAGCCUGAGGGAGGACUUGUCCACAUUUACAUUGUGUCUUCAAUGUGCUCUCCUACAGUCACCUAACAGUCAGGUGUGUGCAGCGUGGACAAAUGGUAAAACCUUCUUACACUCCUUACUGGAUAUCCCUCUCUCCUUGUCCCAUGGAAAGCAAUGCAGAUAGCACCAGCAACAAGCAAUUUCAAGCCCCAAUUAUUGAAUUUACUGACAGCUCAUGUGUUUCCAUGGAAUUACCAUGCCAGCAGGAUCAGGCAGGACAUUUCUUUAGCUACACCUAUGCAUUUUUGAGGGUUUGAAAAGGAGCUCAAAUGCUGUUUCAGGACGACAGGGCGAAGAGAGGGAAAGUCUGAAGAGCACAGAAACACACUGCAAGCACAACGUGUAAUUUGGACAAAUAGAAGUGCUUAGUUCUGUUUAAUGUGAAUUAGCUUUUAGAAGUGCUGCUGGUUCUCAAUGCACACAUACAUUGUUGUCUCAGAGGCUGGAGGGGAGGACCAGUAGUACUGCAGUACUGCAGUAUCCUUGCUGAGUGCCUGCCAUCAGUGAACCAUACUGCUGUAUGAUGCACAUCUGACCCCAAAACAAUGGAAGAAGAGUGAUAACAGAAAUGAACACUGCUGACAAGGUAAACAGAGAGACAUGGCAGCCUGCUUGUUAGAGACAGCUAAUGCUUGAGGGAACUCUGCAUUCAACUCCAUUGCAAGAAAAAAAUCUAAAGACGAGUUCCACCCAUUGGAGUGAAUUGGCUUCUCAAUGUUUUUCAGUGAGGUAUCAUUCGAAUUUGGCUAGGAAUCUUAAUAUAUUUUUGACUCUCCAUUAUUACAUUAAUUUGAGUUAAUUGCAUUUAUGCGGCAUGUUCUUUUUGAUAGGCUUCAGAGCAAAUGCUGGGUGUAAAAAUCACCAGUCAUGAUACAGUGGUUUCCUAACACUUAAGACAGUUUCAUAACAGAAGAAAAAUUCUACAAACAGAUGCUCUCGCUUCUCUGUAGAUGGAGAAUAUAAAUGUAUUAUUACUGUGGAACUUCAUAGUGUAAUUUAUGUAUUUGGUUUAUUCAUAAGUUAUGUUCACAUUUUAAGAAUAAACAUAUUCAGUUUUCCACUGCAGAGAAAAUUAUUCUCAGAUUUUAAAUACUGCUUUUCAUCAGAUUAGUCUUGUUUGUAAGAUAGUGUAAAGUAAUAAAGGUACAUUUUCCUGCUAAACGCAUUUGGGGAUGGAAAACACCUAGCAAUAACAAUAACAGCAAUUCUUGGCAUUACUGUAGCAACUUUCAUCCAAAGAUCUCCAAAUGCUUUCCAAUAAGUAAUUAAUUAGGCCUCACAGCACCCUGGAGAGUUAAUUACAAAUUAUCAAGCAUACUCUCAAACCAUUUCCAUUGAAAUUAUACUUGUUCCCUUUCCAGAAGAAAACAAAAUACACUGGCUAUCAUACCAUGACCUUUCACUCCCAUGAUUCAUUUUGAAAAUGUAAUUAGAUGAGAAUUUGAACGUAUCCAGUUUUAGGAAAAGCUAACAUAAUUACUACCUGACCACAAAACUCAUUAGAAUUUUUGGUUUCUUCAGUGAGAUGAUACUUUUUAAUCUAACUCUUUAAUAAAACUGUAACAUCUAUAGGAAAAAAAAUUGAAAUGCAACUGGAUAUCCCAGUAAAAUUCCAGAGAGCUUUUAAAUUGUGGACAUCCAUCUGUUCUUCCGUCACAAGAGUGUUUGGUUUUCAGGAUGUUUGAUCCAGACUUUGCUUCUGACACAGUCAGAAGGCAGAAGGACAAAUCAGUGUUGCCUCCAGACUGAGCAUCCCUCCAGAAAUGUAGUGAGCUCCACUAAUUCAAGUGCUGCAAUCUGGGCCAGAGGAGGUAUUUGUUAGAGAAUGUUGUUUGCCACAGAAUGUAGGAGGCAGAGAAAGGCAAAAAAAGGCUGAAAUCUCAAAUCCAUUUAUAAUGGAAACAUCCUGCAUUUCCUGAAGCACUGAGUAGAUACUACAAGAUAAUAAUUCCUUCCUACCAAAAAUCUGAAGCUGUAAUUUUACUUUCAUCACAUAGAAUCAUGGGAAGAAUUAAAAACACUUUUACUAUGUCUUUUGCUGCAACAUAGUGAUUGUCUUGUUUUGAUGUAAGAUGAAAGUAGUUUUCUUGCAUAAUUUUCUGAAGGCAAAGAAUUUUCUUCUUUUACAUCCUAGUUUUGUAGGAAAGCAAAAUAAUGCUUGUUUGCACGGACAGAACUUGCAUAUAAUUUGAAAAAAACCCUAGUAUUUUAUCAAUGAAAAUAUGGUACAAAUGAAAAUAUAUCCGCAUCUCAUAGAUUUCAAAGGCUGCAUUAAAUUAACAGUGAAGAUCUAUUUUUCCUUAUUGCAUGGGAACUGCUGAGUUACGGCCUGAACCUCUGAUUGAUCACCUGAGGCGAGCAAUGAGUCAGCCAGAGGAGCACAGGUGAAGGCAAUUCUCCUGUUCUGCCAGAAGACCUAUUUAAGAGCUGGCUACCGGGGGGAAGGAUUUCUUCUGGAGAUCACCUCUGCUGGUCUUUUGUGAGUGAGCCCAGGAUAGGGGGAAUCCACCUCUCUUUGAGAAGAAAGAACUGUCUACGGUUUGUUCAGAGCACACAGAGUCUGGACAAGAGGAAAGCAGAGGACUGUGGGCAGGACAUUGCUCUGGGCAGUCCUAUUGCUGAAGAAAAACUCUAAAAAGGCUUUCUUCAGGAUUCAGUUUAGAGUAAAGCAAUAUCUGGACAAGGUGACUGACAGACCCUGGUCCCCCACUGGGACAGGACUGACCUACAUGGAUAUUUCUUUGAGCAAGGAAGGAGACAUUUCCUAAAAAACUGUGUUCAAGAUCUGCUUUCAUUUGAACCUAUCCUGAAGUCAAAGAAGUUAAUGUGGCUUCAUCUGAGAGCAGAAUUUUGUCUAAAAUCUUCAUUACAUGCCAAUUCCAUGAGGAUAAUUCAUAGUUAAGGCCUCUGAACACAUAUAAAAUAAUCCUCUUUUGCUUCAUAUAAUGAAUAGAAUAGAUAGGGAAUUGCUUUCCCAGACUUUCUGAGGAAACUGAAGCAAUGUGUUAAAGUUUUAACAGCUUUUAUUUCUCUUUUCAGAUCUUAACCCAGUAUCAAAUAUUAAAGUCCUAAUAUAUUUAAGGAAAGCAGAAGUUGCUGUUAUAAUUAAUUUCCUGUCUGAGGGGAAAAAUAAAAGUAUUGCUAGCCCUUUUGGAAAGAAUGUGAGUAAUCCUUUAAAAGAAAAACAGAACAAAUGUGUACACAUGUACAAAAAUCUUUCUUUUUUCCCUUAAGCCUCAACUACAUUUGUUGUACUUUUACAAAAAGAUGUAAUUCGAUUUGAAAAUGCCAUGCCACAUUGAGAACAUAAAAGUGCAAAAUACAUUUAAAACAUAAAACUUCCAAAUUCCACAAUCUACAUAUACUCUAUGUGUUGGGAAACAGGCCGAGGAGUAAAAAUAUUUGCUGAUCACACAGAAAUUUCUACCAGAUCUCCACCUUGCAAAAUAAGUAUCUAAUUUCAGUCCAAGUAAGUGCAGGCUGUGAAGUUUAAUGCAAGUAAGCGGCCAAGAAAUACAUAAAGUAGUAGAAAAAGCUGACAUCAAAAUAUCUAAUCAGCUAUUUGCUUUUCUUUCAAAUACACCAGCUCAGUUGCAGACUUGUAGUGAUCACCUGGAAGAGCAUGCAGUGAUUUCAUGAAAUCAUACUGGAAGAGGAAAAGGAUGAUUUCACAGGGACCAAAGAAAAAUCAGACGCACUGAGAGGAUUGCAAAUGAAGGACUUUCACAGCUAAAAACACCAUUACCCGUGUAUAAUCACAGUUGACUUAGCAGUGAUGGCUCAGGGAAUCUGUUUAAGGAGAAUUUAUCAGUUCUGGAGGAUGAAAGCCUACCAAGAACUUUCCUGAAAAUACCGAGGAAGAUGCUAUUAGCAGGUGAUGCUGCCCAGCUGUCUCAUGAGAAUAUGUGGUCCAGUCACUGGAAUUCACUCCGUCUGUAGCUCAGAAGAAAAAUGGAGGACCAGAGGUGAAAUCAUAGGCUGAGUGAUGUCAUGGAAAUAAUGUCCUUAGAGGAGGACUUCAUGCCAAAACCCAGGAGCAGACAGAUUUCUGAGAAAGAUCUUGAUCAUCAAUAACUCCUGCUAAUUCAGUGGAAAUCACAGUCAGGUUGGCAAACACUAUGAAUCAUCUCUUCUGAUCCCUGCAUGCUUUUGUAGAAGAAAUUGGAAAGGCAACAUCCAAGAGGAAAUACAUGAAGAUCUAACCUGGCCUGUGUGAAAAUAUUCAUGUCAUAAUCCAGGCAAGAAACAAAUGUGCCAACUCAGACAAAUCCACCUUUCUCUCUUUGCAUCUCAUAGAAGACUUUGAAAUUUCGGGACAAAAUUGCCUUCUCUUAUUCAAAACUGAACAAAGCAGGAAUCAGCUCUCACAGGGCACAAAUGUGCAUAAUAAUCCACUUGAAUGAAUAAGCAGUCAAAACAAUUAGAAGUAAACAAUGUCACAUCGUUGCCAUAGAAGUGGCACAGUCAUGCUGCAGCCUGACAGGUUUCUGAAAAGUCUAUAGGGGAUUUCACAAUUCAAGGUCCUGCUUCCUCUGAAAAUUAUAGCAAAACCUCCCCAAGAUUCACAGAAGCCUGUCUGGCUCUGUGCUGGCAGCAGCUGAGAAUGACAAGAAGAGGGACGAAAGCAGGACAGUGUGAGCUACCAAGGACAGGGAGGAGAAAGAGCUUCAGUGCUCUCCUCUUGCUUUCAACUACAUCCAGAGAGUCUUGCAAGCAAAACGGGGAUUUUGCUAUUUCUUGUCCAGAGCACUGGGGCUUGCCUGCAUCAGAGCUGGUUUUACCUGGCCUUGCCAACUGCCCCUGGCCAUCCCUGGACAGUUUUUCUCCUCUGCUUACUGAGUGCUGCUCUGGCUUCCAGAUAUAUAAACACAUAAUUGGUCCUAUCAAAAAUAAACAUAGUAUCAUAGUAUUGCAUGGGUUAGGAGGGAUCUUAAAGAUCACCCAAGACCAUGGCAUGAGUUCAGUGCCUCCCCCCCCGCUCAUGUUGUCUAGGGCCCAUCCAUGGCCUUGAGCACCUCCAGGGAUGGGGCAAACACAGCACCUCUGGGCAGCAUUGCAGGGCCUCAUUACUCUCAACAUUUCCAGAACUUAUCCCUGACAUUCCUACACAAAUAUUUUUAAUGCAGAAUUGUAACAGCCAUUAAAUAUUUAAUAUUAAGUAACCUGUGGGAACUUCUAUGUAUUCUAUUUGAAGACUGAAGGUAAUAAUGAAAAGGUGAGAAGAAAUGUGAUUGCCAGUUCAUCUGAAAGCAUGUAGCAAUUUUAGGAUGUAUUUUAUAUAUGAACUCUUAAAAUUUAUACAGAAGAAAUUAAAUGUAUAGAAUGAUUUAUAGGUGGAUUUAAUAGGCUUGCAAUUUUUUAGUUUCAUACAUCUUCAUGGAAACAAUUAUAAAUCUCUGUAACUUAAAUUGCUUACCCAAGCUCUAGAGAAACAGCAUAAACAAAGCAAUUAUUUGUAAUAAACUUUCUCUUUAAUAUUUUGACACUCACCCCUUUGUAAAACUACAUGAAAUAAUUUAUCAUGCUCAGUAUUAGAAAAUCAGAUUUUAUUUACUAAAUUCAUUUAUUUUUUUGCAAUUGUGUAGAAACCGUCAUCCUUCUGUUAUGGUAAUCAACUCAUUAAGCGUUAAUACAAUGAUAAUGCAAUAUCAUCUAUGCACAAUUUUUAUACAUUUCAAUGACUAUAAAUACAAUUGUAUUUUCUCCCCUAUACAUCACAAUAAUCUCAAAACUCUAGAAAAUUCCUUUUGUAAGCUGCUACUUGAAGUAGUUGGAAAUUCAGUUUUCAUAAUGGCCAGUGUUGACAUUUUAAAUGAUAAUUUGAGCAGUGUUUUCUGGAGGUCAGGCAUUGAUUUCUACACCCAACUGAAGAGUUUGAUGGGGGCAGCCAUCUCGAUGUGAAUCAGCAUGAGCUGCAUUGCAGAAAAUCUCCACAGCUGUGGAAGAUGUGGGAUUUUUCAGAAAAGCAAUUUUAGCCUUCAAUCUACAUCCUAAAAUACAAGCGAAGUGUUAUCGUUUGCUUGGAGUAGCACUUAAACUGGAGAGACAGAGUUCUGUGAAACACAGAACAAAACUCAGAAUAUAGGCAAUUCAGGAGAAGAAUGACAUUGCAGCAUACUUCCUUUGGAGAGCAACAACACUCAGACAGACUGCAAUAGAUGCAGAAUGUCUUAGGUAUAUAUUGCAGUAUACAAAAGCUCCAAAAAGUUUGCUUUGAAUAAAGAAAAAGACAAGCUGCUGAGAAUAAGAUUUAUUUUGAUGUAAGAAGAGCUUUGCUUAGGCUGUAUGAUUGCUGCAGAAGAAAGAACACUUACAAACAGAAUGGAAAUGUGACAGCACUGGGGAUCAAGCCUUGAGAUGUGCCACCAUGUUUUUCUCCUAAAGAGAUUAUGGCCAGAAACACAUUUUUAAUUUAAUGUAACCCCCUCCCCGUGCAUUAAUGUAUGAAGAGAUAAUUCUGCACGUGUUCACAUUAUCAUAUCCCACAGCCUGAAUUCUGCUUGUUAAACUUCAUGCAAAUUGAUCAGAUUUUGAGGUCAGGGUUGGCAGUUUUGCCUCGGGCGGCUGAAGUUUUGCAUCAGUUGCUUCAUGGACACCCACAGGUUGCUGCUGGCAUCGAUGGUAUCAGGGACAGACCCUGGAGGAUGAGGACUCCAAAAGGCAGCUCGUAAAUGAAACUGUCUGAUACUGUUAUCGGUAGCUGUAGACAGCUUUUAAUCUCUGUGGGCCUUCAGUAGCUGAGACGUACACAUCCUGACUGCAGCCCACACAAUGCUUCACCUUAGCAUGAAAUCAAUGUUGGCUCUUGUCAUGAAGAGGCUGGCAUAACUGAUGGCAUAAAUCUGUGUCCAAUACCCCACGUACUGGAUAAAUUAAAGCAAACCACAUACCUGUUCAAACAGAGCUUCUCUAACGGAGUAAUCAAGAUUGUAGUUACAGCUAUAAAAGCAUGCCGGUUGCAAAUUGCAUGUUUAGGCAACCUGUGUAACCUAAACUGAACAGGCCAGCCAUGUAUUUGAGUUCGUUUGCAUCUCAGUCUCAGAAUUUGGCUCAGCUUUGUGCAGUGAUUCUUGGAAGCUUUGUAACAUGAACUGGAAGAGGCUGGUUUUUCCAGCAGCCACUGACAUUCUCCUCUGCUUCACUGUCCACAAGAUGGCAACAUCUGUGGGUCAUCAUCUCAGGAUUUUCUCUGAAAAGGAAGAAAACAAGACAAAAUAUCUCUAUAUCAAAAGAAUAGCGUCAUAUUUAAGAGAUCACAUUGGUUCCCUGUGCUCAUUUCUGCCUUCUACCCUUUCAAGAAACCUUUGGGAAGUGGUACCUUCCCACUGUGUUUUCCAAAAGCAGAAGGGUCAGCACACUCCUCAAACACAGUCCAAAUUGUUUUGAUCCUCCUGUAAAAGAUUUCAAACAAUUUCCAUGUCUUUUUUGCCUUUAGUUUUAAUCUUUCUAAAUCUUUUCGCUAUGUACUGUUAGCAGUGAGGGCCAGAUUCAAACAGCAAUUUGACCUCUUUAAAAGGAAACCAUUUCUGGCUUGAGUAGCCUCUGUAAAUUGAUGGGAUUAAUAGCAUUUUGUUAAGCUCUACUUACAAACAGAGAAAUAAUUGCACUAAAGUUGGCAUGGCUACAAAGAUAAGGUAGCUGGUUAAAGCCUGGUCCCCUCUGUUUCACCAGCUGUAUGUGCUGAUUUGGUUUACCUUAAAAACUAUCUGAAGCACCAGAAAUAGCUUAGGCUGGAUAAUUUCUGUGGUUUCUGUCCCCACCUUUAUCUUCCCUGAAGCACUGCCCCUUUGUAGGUGCCAUAGAUGACUUGACAACUAUUGAAUCACAAAUGCAAUUAAUUUAAUCCAAAAUCAGAUCCCUCAGUAGUAAGUGAGAAGUGUGUUGCAAUCUUCUUCUCAUCCUUCCUGCUGUACCAAACACCUUUCCACCCAAACUACAGUGUUGGACUGUGGCCCCUGCUGCUCUUAGGUGCCAGCUCCCUUCACCACCACAAAGUGAUUAACACAAUAAAACUGGUUUAUGAGCUGUUGGCUCUGAUCUACUUUAUGUUGAAUUUGGGUUCUUCAUGACAGCCUGAUAAAAGGACUGUCUGAAAGCCUGUUUUAUGUUAGUUGAUUUAAUAAGAGGUAUUAUAUUUCCUUAUAAAAGUUAAGCAAUGCAUUGAUUCACAGAAACAGUCAGUACUUUUUUAAAUUCAGUGACAACCAGCCCAACUGAGCAGCACAUAGAAAAACAUCAUUUUGGAUGUCACUUCCCCUGCUAACUGCAUCCCUGCCUUGGUGCCAGGGCAUACUGUAAUACCAGCAUUGAGAUGCAACCAGCCCAGGCUGCCCUCCAGUCUGUUCUCUGAGCCCAGUCCUCUCUCGAGAAGCUUUGAUCCAUCCAUAAAGGUCUAAUCACCACCUGAGACUGAGUAUCUCACCAGCCUGGUCCAGCUCUACCCACAGAAAUGUUGCACAAUGUAUCUCAGCCAGGAACAGUUCCCACCACUUCUCAUCAAAGCAUCCUCCCAUCAACAGAGGUGCUAGGAGCAGAGGAAGAGCUCCUUGAUAUAAAAUAGCAGAAGCUCUUUUUGCUCCACUCCUCAGCCUGUUCUGCACUUCUUUCAGGGCGAGUCCUGCCAUUUUGCUGAAAAUGCUCUGUAUAGAAAGUAUAUGUACAUUAAAUUGCCUCUGUGACCAUGUUUGACUCCUGCUCUACAAAUAAAUGGGAGUAGAUAGCUCCCUUCCCUCAGGAACUUCUGUCUGCAGAAAACUGUGGAUUGCUGGGAUAUGCAGAUGAAACAUCUCUUUCUCUCCACCAAGAUAUGAAAGCAAAGAGCUCCUUCCCCUUCUGAGCUUCAGGCCAAGGGGCUCCGACUCAUACCGAGCAAAUGGGAAGAUGUGUGAUUAGGUAACUUCCAAACUUCAGAAACAUUUCCAUUUCAAAUUCUGACUUCCUGCCAUGCACAUACUCUUUUGCAGCCAGGCUCCGAGGCAAUUUAUUAACAACUCCAGUGGAGUGAUAUCUGCAGAAUCUGUUUUUCAGCUUUUGACAGCUGAGCUGGGCUAAUGUUCCUGUUCCAGAGUGCUGUCAUGGAAGCAGUGCAUAUUCUAUAUAUUCAAUGAAGAAGUGUCCUUUGAAGGUGUAAAUGAAAUCGCUUAUCUGAAGUAAAGAGAUAAAAAAUCAAUUUAAAACAUUUUAGAUUGUUUAUCAGCAUGUAAGAAAAAAAUACAAGAUUGACCAGGUUUUACAAAGAAAGUUUUAAACCACAAACUACCAGUACUUUUAGGUUGUAUUUCCUGUUCACUAAAUUAAACGUUUCAAUGGCUAGCAAUGCAUUUCAGAAAAAUAAAUUAAAAAUAAAUCAAUAAACAAUAGAAUAAAACCUACUAAAUGCUUUCAGUAUUUUAACUUCUUAAAUACAAAAAAAUAUUGAAGUUGUUUCUGCAACCUUAAAAUAUAACAGAACCCAUUGAGAUCAGCACUAUAUCCAAGAUCUGAAAUGAGGGGUUUUAAAAAAUACCUGAAAUACUCUAAAUAUUAGAUAAAGAAAAGUUAGAGAGGUGUUCAGGGAAAGAAUAAAGGCAAUUUUUUCACAUCAGGGAUUUAAACGAAUGUGAAAUCAUGAAAGUCUUAACAUUGUUCUUGAACUUUCCCAGAACAUAGGUCUUACUUGGAUGAAUGUUACAAGGAGAGUGGAAGAAGGACUUAGACUAAAACAGGAUUGACAUGCAUGAUGAAUUACAGUUCAUUAAUCCAAUUAAUGAGUAAUUUCAGAGGCUUUAAUCCCAGAUAAAGCUCUUUAUUGCAGCUCUGUUGGCUAGUGAUGCACAAACUAAGAGCCUGUCAGCAAAUCAAUUGUAAAAUUCUAUUAAAUAAAGCCUGCCAUACACUUCUGUAGCUUAUGUGAUAAUAUUUUGUCCAAAAAAAACCCCAAAACAUAUAUAUAUAUAUAUAUAUAUAUGUACAUAUGUAAGAGAAGGAGAGGAGGGAGCAAUCUCUAACCUUAUUCACUCUGAUUUGUAAUAUAAGAGUUCAAGAUAUAUUAAAAAUGAUGCAAGCCAGCUGAAUGCAACUUCAGAUAUUUAUAAGCACUCUUGAUUUAGAAGGUAAACAUAUGCCCCAGUUUCUGAAGUCAUCUGUGUGUAUGAUUUCCUCAUACACAUUCUGUUGACUAAUGGGAGUCAAUAAAGUACAUCAGGCUGCUUUGGGAAUAGUUUCUGUUCUGUUCUUAGUUUAUUUGUGGUGCCACUGCAUCCAAGUGAUUCUUUCUGAGCACUUCAGAAAUAGACUCUGUCCUCCAAAUGUCUCACAAGCAGAGAGCAAAGAAAGGAGAUAAAGAGAGGAAAAAUUAUGAGAGUUGUCUUCAUUGACUGUAGAGUCAUAGCACAACAGCUGACAGAGCAGCAAGUAUGAAGCAAGCAUUUGAAAUUUCAGCUAAAAAGUCAAAACCUAAAACCUAAAAACCUAAAGAGUCAAAACACGAUUUAAAGCAGAAACAACAGUGUUUCAUGGCUUCUCAGAAAACCAGGAGGACUCCCCUCCCAAAAAACCAUUCCCCUCUGACUGAACAAGGCUUUGUAUCCCUGUUUUAACAACCCUCUCCCUCUGACAAUCAAGCACUUCAAAUAUUCCCUUGCCCACCAUAAUGGAAUGAAGAGUGGACCUUCACUAAGACGCCUCUGAAAACAGGCAGGCUGGCAACUUGCAGUGACAGCCACGUACUGACUUCUAUGUAGCAACUUUGAUUUGUUGAGUACUGGGCUACCCCACACGAAAAACAUAAAUGCAUUCCACUUUAACAAUGAAGAAGGCUUGCAGUACCGUGAGAGGCUGUGCAACACACACAAAUAUUGAUCCUGAUCUCUUUGAACAGCUAUGUCAAUUACCUUCCGCAUUCUCAGUUUGUAAAAGCUGUGUUACCAAAGAGACAAGAUCCUGCUAUGAAGACUAUUUAAGUAAAAGUGCAUCCUUUCUGAUAUUGCCAAAGAGUAUGCUGUGGGAGGAUGGCAGUUCACACCCAAUUACACACCAUGAUGGAUUCAUAUUUCUUGAUCAAUGGCUUUGAAGCCUUCUGAAACAACAUUGCACAAUGACCCUCAGUCUUAAAGACCAAAUAAGAUGAUUAGUGACAUGCAGAAAAAAGGCUCAGAAUUUCAUGCAUGUCAGAAAAACUCUUAAGCACUUUCUUUUUGUGGCAGUGCUCCUGAACUGGAAGAAACUUCAGUCACUCCAGCACAGAGAAAGCUGUUUGAUGGAAACAAACAACUGCAGAGACUAUAAGAUCAGUAACACCAUUGUCCCCGAAAGGCUUCCAUUUAACAAAAGAUAUAUCACAAUUUGAAACCAAAAGCAAAAUACUUGUGUGCCUAUUGCUAGAAUUUUGGAUUUCUGCAGUUUGAAAAUACAAUGGAAAUCACAAAUGUUAAUGAAGAUUCAGUGCACAUCAGCAUGAUGAUGCAUAUUACUAUAGCUGACAGAUUUUGAAAAUGAAGGUCAUAAGAAAUUGUGGCAUUGAGAAAAUCUUUUAUGCUAUUAGUGCUAAAAGUUUGUUCUAUACCACGCAAAGCAAACACUGCAUACUUCAGAAAAUGCAACUGUUGAAGGAAAAUGAAUCUGAUCCACAACUUAAUCCCAUUGUAUGAAUACAAUCCUGAAAGUAUAAUGUCUAUCCAGGAGAAACAAUGCAUGAAUCAGUACUUGACUAAUGGAAACAAUAAUUCCUGUAGUUGUUUCAAUAACAACCAUGGCUGAGAGUGUCCUAAAGGAUCAACCAGUCUGAGGGUAAGACUGCUCAGCAGAUUAGAAAUCAAAUCAAAAUGAAAAUGGGAGUGGAGAAAGAAAGUUCUCACCCUUGCAAAGUCCCAAGGAAUAUCAGAGCCACUCUGGGAGCAUCUCCAUGUGGGGAUGUCAGAUGCCAUCCUUCACCUUCUCUCUGCACUGACCCACAUGGGGGGGCACCUAGGAGGGUGGGCCAGUUCUGCCACCAUCGAAAUCUUUGAUGACUGCAGUUUUUGGCCUCCCACCACAGCAGGAGUGUUAGCAGCCAGGUCACCAGAGGAACUGCCAAACAUAUGACAAGUGACAGGAAUUGAAACACUUUGACCUUGAGCCAUGCAUAGGCUUGAAGCAGUGCAUUUAGUGCCUCGAGAGGAGCAGGAGGCGUGAGACGUGCGUUUUGAAGAGAAAACUAAAACCGAUAAAAGCACAAGAUUAAGAAACGAAUGAAAGUUACCAAAAAAUGACCAGGCUGUUUAAUGUGAGGAGAAAAUGAUCAUGCUAUAGUCCUCCAAAUGCUUUUAAAGACAGAAAGGUAUCCAUAUAUCUUUUCUUCCGCCUUUGAAGCUUCAACUGUGAAAGUUAAUCUAAAGGAAGCAAAAUGCAGCCACUCUCUUCAGACCAUUUGAUAUGCUAUUGCUUGCAAACUUCCUUUAAAAAUAUCUUUCAUAACUAAGAAAAUUGCCAUAUGCUCACUGGCUUAUAAAUGGGAAAUUAAAGAUAAGAAAGUCUGAAUAAAAUAAGACUACUCGAUAUUAGCAUUCCGAGCACUUGGCCAGUAUCGGUCAAUUACUUCACUGCUCUUCUUUGCCAUCCCCAAUCUCACUGAAAAAUACAAGCCCACAACUUCCCCACGAGAUGGAUGUUAUUAACCCAUUUUUCAUAGCUGAGAGCUGAGACACAGGGGAGAUGGGUGACUCCCUCUGGGUCACCGUGCUGCUAUUGAGAAAGCUGGAAAUAGGCCUUGAAUCUCGUUUAUAAGACAAGACACAGGGCAGUUCAUUUCAACCAGAGUGGUUUCCACAUUGGGAUUUUACAAGCUUACAUUAUAUGGAUGAAUUAAUAAUUUGAUGUCUCAAAAGCCUCCUGCUAUUCACAGAACUCGUUUUAAUUCUUACGUUACUUUUUUUUGGCAAGACUGAGACGAGCAGUGUGAGGGCAGAGGUGUGGUCUGAUGGCAUUUAUCAGUGUCAGUUGUCACCUUACAAAGCGUUAUGGGAUGUACGUGUCCAGCUUUCACUGUUUGCACUGCUAGCAGAUUGUGUGAUCCCACUUUAUUGCCUUUUGGCUUUUUCCCUUAAAAACAAACAAACAGUAUACUGUUCCCUGGAGAAGGACAGGUAGUGCUUUUUACAUCUAAUAACGAGCCAAGAAGAAAUCUAUUCUGGAACACUCAUUUUCACUCUGUUGCUGAUCAUAACAUCAGUACUUCUUUUCUACGAGCACUCAUUCAGCCUGCUGUUCCUACUAACACAUUAUACAUGACAUUUGCUAUGUAUAGUUAAAUCAAAUUUUAUUUAUGAUAUUCUCCAUAGUGAUAAUGCACUUUGUGUCCAGGCCAAAACAUUGAGAAUUCAGUUGUUUUGCAUUCAUUAUAUGCUUCUUCCUCCCCAACCAUACAAGGAAUAGCAUCCAAACGAUGUUUGGAUCCCCUGUCCCAAUGCCAGGCAAAUCUCUGCCAAAGACAGUUCUGAUAAGAGGUGUUAAAUGGUUAAACACAAUGGAUUUUGAUUUUUUUUUUCAUUUUAUUUUCAGUCAUUAGGGUAAUUUCUUAUAUAUGGAACAUCACUUGUUCUUGAAUACUGUGAUAAUGUGAGUCUCCAGUUAAAGACUGAAGAUGAAAUAAUUAAAAAUGGCUUAUUGACCUUGAAAGCCACGUCCUUCUGAGCAUCAAUAUGAGAUAUGCACAUUAAUUAGUGUUUUUCAAAUUCAAUCCUUAACAUUUAGCAAAGGAGAACAGUUUUCUCAGUAAGUCAAAGACAGGCCUGGUUAGCCAGUAACUUUUUACAUAUUUGUCCACAUCACAAUUUUCUUCAUCCUUGAUUUAAUCUGCAAAAAUAUUUAAUAAGGAAAGCUCUGUUGAAAAUAACAUGUUUAUUAGAGCUUCAUUUUUGAAAAAAAUUCUUUUGAAUAGCAGACUGAAUUGCUAGCAUUAUAGAGUAACCACUUCUUAAUGAAUAAUAGAAAUUUGAGAUAAAGGACAUCAAAUUAUUAUGACUUACUAGAAGAUACAAAGGACCAAAUUUGCAAAUGAAACUAGCUAAAUUUUAACAAAUAUGUCCAUAAUAAAUCUUAAUUUCAGUAUGACUUUCUAAAACUCCAUUUCUAUAGUAUUUAACAAAAAGCUCUGUAAAGAAGAGCUUAAGCUUUAUAUUUUUUCACUUAUUAGAGCGAGGAGUGGAAUUUCUGACAAACACCAAUAAAGAGUAAAAUUUAUAUCUUGUCAAUAGGACCUAUUUUGUUGCUAAAUUAUCUCAGAAGUCUCACAGUCAGGAACACAGUAGUCUAAAGCAGUCAGGACAUAGAAGAAACAGUGGGCAGGCAAUCUUGUGCUAACUGAAAAGUGAGCACUGUAAGGGAACAACUGAAUUGGGGCCUGAACCUCUGAUUGACCACCUGAGGCGAGUAAUGAGUCAGCUGUGGGAGCACAGGUGAAAGCAAUUCACCCAUGCUGCUGGAAGGGGUGGAGCCUGGCUGCACCUCUCCUGGACCCAUUUAAGAGCUGACUACUGGGGUGGAAAGAUCUCUUUGUGGAGAUCCCUCCUUUGGAGUUUUACAGCGUGCCCAGGAUAAGGUGAAGAAAGUAAGUUCAAGUGACUGGUCCAAAAUUACACAACCACACUGAUACUCAGCUAGCAAUGGGAACUUCCUUCAUCCAGUGCAGCACACCAUCGCUAUACAUCACUCAGCUUGCAGUGAGAGAAGAUGAAGCUCCUGAGUGCUCCCCAGCUGGACAUCGCAUCCUCCGCAGCCCAUACCGCAGCACCAGGUUUGACUCGCUGGAGCUGCAGCGAACGUCUGCUCAGGUCCUGGUGUGUGACCACUCAUUGCCACCAGCAUGGUAUCGGUUCAUGAUCAACAACACGCCUGCGGAAAUGCCAACGAGAUGCAUUGAAAUGAACAAAUGUGGGACACAAGCUCCAGUGUGGCUGUCACUGAGGUCUGAAUCCCUGCCUGCUCCAGGUGAAAGCAAGCACCUGAUGGCCUGUGGUACCUGGCAGGUCUUCGGGGGCACGAAAGACUGCUGCUUGUUCCGGAUACCCAUCACUGUCAGGAACUGCAUCAAGUUCUUUGUUUAUCUCUUGCAGCCGACUCAAGGAUGCAUGGGCUACUGUGCAGAAGAAAAACUCCCAAGCCUGACUUUACAUCCAGUGAUAACUUCUGAGCUCGUGCGAGGACGCGCCCACCUGAAAUGCGCCUACAGCUCACCCAGCUGGGGGCUGAGCUACACGGUGCUCUGGUCACGUCUGGUCGCCCCGGGCAAACAGGAGCAGAUCCAUCAGGACACCACCCUGCAGACGUGUUCCUACCUGGAGAUAAGCAGCAGACAUCUCCAGCUGGGAGACACAGUCUUCUGCACUGUGACUGCAUUUGCAAGGGACACUCCUGAGCAGUGGUCAUUGCCUGAGCAGAGCAAAGGUUUCUACGCUGGGAUUAAGUUUUUACCAGAAUCAUUACAAAUUGCAGAAGAUGGCAAGGAGCACAUUUUGACCAUCCUGAGCACUGUGCCCAUUACCUGUGCUGGGCAUAACGAUUCAUGUAAAAUCACAUUACGGCUCAGUACUGAGGAUCUGGACAGCCAAUUACUGGGGCCCCCAAACAUUGUCCUCUCAGCGUGCCAGGUGGAUCUGGUGCCGGCGCCCUGCUCACAAGGCAGCUGUGCAGCAGCUGUACUAACAGUGACAGCCGUCACCGACUUCGCUGAGGAUGGGAACCGCGUCAGCUACAUCAGAGCCGAGCCAGUUGGACACAGAGAUGUGCUUUGGAGGGCUCACACCUCGAAGGAUGUAAAGGUCACAGUUCAGGACCUCCCAACAGGGAACUGCUACUCUUUCACUGAUCCACACAUUAUCACGUUUGAUGGAUGGCGUUACGAUAACUAUAAAAUCGGCACCUUCCUUUUGUGCCAGAGCACGUCACGGGCAUUCGAAGUGCACGUCCGUCAGUGGGACUGUGGGGGACACCACUCUGCUACUGCCUGCAACUGUGGGGUGGCUGCAUGGGAAGGGAGCGAUGUCGUCCGCCUGGAUGCCUGCAAUGCGCACUUUCGGGACAGCAGGCCGCAGCUCAGCAUCCAAAGUACUGAGGCAUCACCACAGGUCAAAAUCCUAAGGUCCUACGGAGGGAGAAAGAUAACAAUCCUAUUCCCUUCAGGAGCGUUCGUUCGAGCCGAUGUGAGUGAGUGGGGAAUGGGCUUGACAGUGAGGAUACCAAGCAGUGACUUCAACAGCACUAGAGGUUUGUGUGGCCUCUUUGAUGGGAUCAGUCACAACGACUUGAACAAUGUGCCUGAGGAAGACUUCAUAGAGGAGUGGAGAAUACCUCCAGGGAAGAGUUUAUUUGACAAAACUCCAGCAUCUUCAGAAGGGAAGCAGAGGAAAAAUUACUGCAGAUGCCCGGAGAGCACAAAGUCCAUGCCCUUGCUAAAGACGCUGAAUGCCUUUCAGAUGCAAUCUCCUGGUUGUCAUUAUGAUAAUGUGGAUUACGCUUUUGCAAUUCCAUAUCUGGAUGUUACAUCAGAGUUUUUCACUCACUCAGGCAAAGAGUUUGCUUCAAGAGAUGAUGAGGAACGGUCGCCCAAGUCUUUUGAUCAAAGAUCUCUCCCUAAAUCAGCCAAAAAGCGAGGUAGCCGUGAGGAGCGAUUAAAAACCUUCUCACAUCAUGCUUCCAUGAAAAACAACAGUUCCCUUAACUUUACCAAGCCAACAGAAGAACUGCAGAGACCAAAAAGACAAGGAAACUACUUUGAAUACUCAGCCCUUCAUCCGUUGCAUAGCCCAAGCCAGACAGACACGGAAAGCUUUGCCUAUUUUUUCCCAGAGGAUUAUUUUGAAGGGAUUCGGAUAAAACUCCCACUGGGAUGGCCCACUCCCAGCGGCCUAACCUCUGCCAAAGCUCAGCAGAUUUGCCACCAAAUUCUUGCAAAUUCCACCAUUGGCUUAGUGUGUAAGGCUCUGCUGGGAAAACUGAUAGAUGAGGCCAUGAAUAUAUGCAUGUUAGAUCUGCAGCUCAAGGAUGAUGUGGCCUGGGUAAGGGCACUGAUAGCGCUUUUGGAAAAUGAGUGUGAAAGACGAGUGCUGAGGCACAGAGGUGAAGUGUUUCAUGUUGGAAGCCAGCCAACUUCUACCCAGGAGGAAAUCCUUACCAUUCUCCGCUGUCCUGCUUUCUGUAAUGGCAAUGGACAAUGUACAGACCUGGGCUGCCAAUGCUUUGAAGACCACAGCUCUUAUGAUUGUAGCACUGCCAGAAAGCAAACUCUGGAAAUCACAAGCUUGGAGAACAGGGGCCUAUGUGACAUUCACACCUCUGACUGCAGUCGCGUCCGAGUGUUUGGCGUUGGCUUCAAGGAUUCUCCCCAUCUGCACUGUGAAGUCACCAGAUUAAUUCAUCUCAACGGCGAAUGGAUAUCAAGAGAGCAAGAAACCACACAAGCAGAUUUUCUCAGCUCUAAGGCUGUUGACUGCCAGAUUCCUCUUCUGAACAUUACAGAGACGGAGGCUGUGCACUUUGUAGCUGGCAAUGAGCCGUUCGCAAGAUGGCAAGUGAAAAUCACUGAUGAUGGCUUCCAGUACAGUAAUUCCAGAGUGCUGACCCUGUACGACGCAGUCUGCCAGGCCUGCGAAUCCCAUCCAACUGGACUUUGUAAAUUAAAGGACAAUACUUGUAAUAUAGAUGGACUUUGCUAUGGGGAAGGAGAGUCAAGCCCUGCCAGUCCUUGUCUUCUCUGUGAACCUGAUAUCUCUAAGUUCACCUGGUCUAUUAAUGAAAACAACCUGCCUCCUGUGUUCCAGGCCCCCUCCAGCCAGCUGCUGACAUUUAUUGGUGAGAAUUUUGUUUACCAGUUAACAGCGGUGGAUCCAGAAGGGUCAGCUGUGCUAUUCAUCUUAGAGGCUGGGCCACAGGAUGCCAGGCUCUCUCCUGCUGGCCUCCUUAUCUGGAAAGUUGAUUCAGAAGAAACGCAGACCUUUGAAUUCACUGUGUCGGAUGAAUGCAAUGCGCAGAGCAGAUACGCUGUUGAGGUUCGAGUGAAGCCCUGCAGCUGUCUCAAUGGCGGAACGUGUGUUACCAAUAUUAAAUUCCCCCCGGGCCUUGGUGAAUAUCUGUGUUUAUGUCCAAAUGGGUUUGAUGGAGGGCUUUGCCAGGAAGAUAUUAAUGAGUGCAAAUCAAACCCGUGCAAAAGCGGAACUUGUGUGGAUGGUGUGGACAGCUAUGCUUGUCAAUGUCCCCCUGGUUUAGGAGGGCUUACUUGUCAGGAAGACAAGAAUGAGUGUGAAGAAGGUCUGUGUUUUCCAGGAGUGUCCUGCAUGAACACCUUUGGAUCAUACGUGUGUGGAAUUUGUCCAAGUGGGAUGGAGGGAAAUGGUAAAACUUGCAAAUCUGUGCUUGCUGCUGACUUUACAAAAGCUUUAAUCAUUGACAACAAGAAUGGCAAAGAUGAUUUGAACAAAACUGAAGUUGAGUGGCCACUGCACCCCUUAGAAGCAAAGAAUUCUCCUGUAAUUAGGAAUUUUAACAUAAGCACUAAUUAUGUCCACGCAGCACAUCAGCCCCGUGUUACCACCUGUGCCAAUAGGCCAUGCUUUCCUGGAGUGCUGUGUUUCAAUAGGAAACCCCCUUACGUUGGCUAUGUCUGUGGCCGAUGUCCAACAGGGUUUUUUGGAAAUGGCCGAACCUGCAGCAAAGCCUCCAGAUCAGUUUCAAGCUCUUCCCAAAGCCAUACAGAUGUUGCUGAAAGAAAUAGUGAAGAUGCCAGAGGCUCUCAUCAGGAAGGCAAGACAUCAAGAAACAUCUAUUCGUUUCUAUCCCAAACCCAAAUUCCAAGGCAAGAAACUACAUACUUUGUGGAAAGAAACCACACAGUUAUUAAUGCAGCAUCCUUUACAACGAAAAGGAAGAUUUCCCAGCCUCAGAUGCUGUCAGCAAAAAUACCUGAUACAGAGUCCAGUGUAUCUGAGAAACAGACUUUUACUGAAAAAAGAAGUCAUACACACACUUUCCUUCUGCAUGAGGAGCCAGAUCCCAAAGCAGCAGCUGUCGAUGUGACUACUCCUACCCCUGUGCAUUUUAAACAGUACAAGCCAGGAACAAGACAGACCAUUCCUUCUCAUCUCAACACAAACGCAAGCUCAUUCUUCGCACGGCUACAUGCUGUACAGCAAGCUCGUUCCAGAUACAGCUUAUCUUCCAGGAAAUGGCCCAGUCAAGUGACAGGCUCAAAGACUGAACUCUCCAAAAAUCUCCCAACAGAGCAGCAGAGAGUUUCUUCUUUGGAAACAUCCCUCACAUCCCCUUUGCAUGAAAUAGGUUUUUCCCUUGACACAGCUCCACAGAGUGCCAGCGUCCUGCCUGGACCUGCUCCCCCAGCAAGGCUUCCAGCACAUACCACAACCUUCAGAAGAGCAUCCAUUGUAGCAAUGGACCAUGUAGAACUGCCAAAACCCAUCAGUGGGUCCCAUGAGAAAGCUCUCUGUGGUUCAACACCAUGCUUUAGUGGUGUGCAGUGUGAGCUAGCCAAAGAUGGAGAAUUUAAAUGUGGGUCUUGUCCCAGUGGAUACAGCGGUAAUGGAAUUACAUGUGAAGUGCAGUGUGACCCACCAUGUGAGCAUGGAGGAACUUGUGUAGCUCAAAACACUUGUUCUUGUGCCUAUGGAUUUGUUGGUCCUCGAUGUGAAACAAUGGUGUGUAACAGGCACUGCCAUAACGGCGGGGUCUGUGUGUCGCCAGACGAGUGCAAAUGCAGAAGCGGAUGGAGCAGCCCUUCCUGUGAAAUAGCUGUGUGCAACCCUGUGUGCUUAAAUGGAGGAAUCUGCGUGCGACCAAACACUUGCACGUGUCCUUACGGUUUCUAUGGGCCCCAGUGCCAGAGAGCUGUCUGCAUUCCUCCUUGUAAGAAUGGCGGCCACUGUGUUCGAACCAAUGUGUGCUCCUGUACUGAGGGCUACACUGGAAGAAGAUGUCAGAAGAGUGUCUGUGAUCCUGCGUGCAUGAAUGGAGGGAAAUGUGUACGCCCAAAUGUUUGUGACUGCCCAUCUGGUUGGAGAGGAAAGCACUGUAAUAAACCUGUUUGCCUGCAGAAAUGCCUGAAUGGUGGAGAAUGUAUAGGUCCAAACAUCUGCGAGUGCCCGGAAGGAUGGGUGGGAAUGCUGUGCCAAACCCCAAUUUGUGAGCAAAAAUGUCUGUUUGGAAGCAGAUGCAUAAAACCAAAUGUCUGUGCUUGCAGAAGUGGCUAUACUGGGUCAGCAUGUGAAAAGAAGGAGUACUCAAAGCUAAUGACUGCUCAUUUAGAAACCAUAUCUUUAGUAAGCUCGGGUAAACUCUGUGAAGCCCUAUUAACCUGUUUCAUGUUAAAUUCCUCUAUGCACUGAGAUUUUCUGUAUGAGGCGUUAAAGUAGCUAGCAAACCAUAAAUUCAAAAUCUAGUUUACUGCCCAGCAAUUUCAUCUUGUAAACUGACCUUCAAUCUGACUUAUCUGAUCCUAACUAUUCAGUUCCUUCCCUGCCCUCCCUUGAAUUCCUGUUCUCUUACUAAUUCUGAACAUGCUAAACCUUUUGUCACAUUUAACCUUUCGGUGAAGAUGGAAUAUAAGGCACGGAACACAUUAGCCUUGCCUGUGUCAUCACCAGUCCUCUCAUGUUAGAUUCACCUCUAUGUUUUGCUAUGGGAGUUAAAAUUCUUGUUUUGCUCUGUUUCUGUAACGAAUCUUCAAAUAGUAGGGUAAAUACAGUAGAAGUGGCUUGUAACAUUUAUUUAAAAAAUGGCUUAAAUUGGAGUUGAGCAGCCUCUUUCCUUCCCUCAGCAGCAGCUGCCUAGGGAUGCUCAGGCGACUCGUACCUGCAGCUAACUCAAUCUCACCAACCUCCUUUUCCCAGGGAAGGAGAUGCAAGCUACCCACAGGAUG